AUGUUUCUGCACCUGCUGUUCAUCUUCGCUCCCCUCUACACAGACGCUUUGAAAUGCUACGAAGGUUUGUGUUUGUUCUUUUCUCACAAGGAAGUUGAUUCGACUUUUUUCUUGGGGCUCAAACUGUACCCAGAGACUCUAUGAGGAACUUGCCCUAUAUGGCGGUUGCAAAAUUCAAUGAGCUAUUGAGAAACUCUGAAUAUUUUCGUCUCAUUAGUUAGCCUUUUUUCCAAAAUACUUAUUAGGAAAUUCUAUAUAAUUCUAAGCGAAUUCUUCUAAUUAUGAUUUGAGUCGUAACGUAUCUCUUCCUGCCAUUUUCGGUCACUUGGUCUGAAAAAACUACUAAACUAAAUCCAAGCGCUUGUUUUAGAAUGAACAGGAAAACCCCUUGGUUUAUGACGUGAUUUUUUUCGAAACUUGUUUUUUAAUCGUUAUACCUCUCCUUCCUCAAGAAAAAGCUAAUUUGAUAAGUCGAACAAAAGCUUGAAGCUUGAAGAACAACAAGAAGAAAAAGAAGAAUUACAAGUAAAUGUUAGGUUCGCGAGGAGUCGUCAACGGAGAGGACUCGAAAAACUUCGUGGAGAACCAGUGCGACGACAACAUGAAGUACUGCUUCGAGUCGUUCAACUCGAACCUGACGGACGUGACGGCGAGCUGUCAGACGAUGGGCACCGACACGAAGCUACUCGACGUCUGCAAGGUGAGCCGCUCUCCAGACCUUUUCGAAUUUCCCGUUUUGGAGAAUUUGAAACUACUGUUCAAACCUUUGAAAUUCUAGUUAAGAACCGCUACCAAAAAGGUCAAUAAAUAAACACAUUUUGUCGAAAUUAAAACUUUAGGGUUUUUUUUUUUUCAUAUAAAUUGUUUUUUACUUUUUAUGGAACGAACUUCAACUGAAUUGCGUAAUUUUUCUUCUUCGGUAAAGUUGGAAAUAAAAAAAUUCUGAAAUUUUUUUAACCAAAAAAAGACAGCUACUUUAGGACUUCAGGAAUAAAAAGAAAAAAACUUUAUUUUUUUAAAGAUCUGUGUAGUUUAUGCUCUUCGACGAUUGAGAAUUUAAAAAAACAGGAUCUGUUGCAGAAAAUUUUUAUUUUUCUGGAUCAGAAAAAUAAAUAAAGGAAUAACUCAGGAGGACCAAAAGUUUUCUUCAGCAAAGUUUCAUCAAAACUUCGACCAGGAGCUAAAAAAAAUGAUAUCUUGUAAGCUUUCCUGGAUGAAUUAUAGGCGAUCGCAUAAUUCUGACGGUUAGACCGAAAAGGCAGGGUUUCAAAAGGCCACAUUUCAAAACUUCUUCACGUUUCAACGGCGUGAAUCUUCGCAAUUCAAAACGUUAACGACUAUCCAAACUCAUUCCCAUCAUGGAGCCACCGAGAAAAUUAUGAAAAUCACAAAAAGGCCGAAAAGAACUUCCUUGUCAGUUUCUGCUUGCAGCUCGACGGCCUCUGCAAGAACCGCUCCGAGAUCGACGUGACCGUCUGUUGCUGCAGCUCCGACCUGUGCAACCUGCAGGUCUCGCUUCGGCCCACCACUGAGACUCCUCCGGCGGUUCUCGACUCCGUCCAGCAGUCCAGGGACAAGCUCCGAGCCAGUCGUCGAGUCAGGAAUUGA